CCAAGAACAAGAACCAGCAUUUUGGAGGCGUAUUUUUAUUUUAUCGCUUGGUGGUUGCUGUAAACUGUAAACUGUUUUAUCUUUAAUCUUUUGAUUUUGAUUCACUUUAAACAUCAAAUCAGCUGAUUGUCAAAAUAAGAAAAUUAUCCUAAAAUGAAUAAACAACAGGAUGAUGAAUCGAAUAAAUUUAGCUUACUGGUGAUUGUGCUAGACACUAAUCCAUCACAACGUAUCGUACGCCAAAAUCCGCAAUUACUUACUCAAUGUGUGGACGCUAUUAUUGCCUUUGGCAAUGCACAUUUGAUGCAAUGUUCACAAAAUAAAUUAGCUGUUCUUUCCUGCCAUCAUCACGCCACUGACUUCUUGUAUCCUUUGCCAGGUAAACAAUUGGAUAUUCGUCAGGUUGAUGGACAAUAUGAAGUAUUCAGUUUGGUCGAGAAGACUGUCAAACAACGCUUAAGCCAUAUUAUUACAAACGCACCAAAAUUGAAUGCGCCCUGUGAAAGUAUUUUAGCAGGCAGCAUGGCAAUGGCUUUAUGCUAUAUUUCCAGAAUACAACGUAAUGCUGCUGCAGGUGUAAAAUUGCACUCCCGCAUUCUAGUUGUAACAGGCAGUAAUGAAUGCGCUUCUCAGUACAUGACAUAUAUGAAUGUGUUCUUUACGGCUCAGAAACUAGGUAUUACAAUCGAUGUUUGCGCAAUGGAUAAGACGAUGAGUCUGUUGCAACAGGGUUGUGAUAUCACGGGCGGUCAAUAUCUACGCCUUACGCAAUUAGAUGGGUUAUUACAAUAUUUACUAUGGGUUUUUUUGCCCGAUCCACAGAUGCGUCAAAAGUUGGUACUCCCUCCUGCGAUAAAAGUUGACUACAGAGCAGCUUGUUUUUGUCAUCGGGAGUUGAUUGAUAUUGGCUACGUUUGUUCAGUGUGCUUAUCCAUAUUUUGCAAAUUUAGUCCUAUUUGCACCACCUGUCACACGGUAUUUAAAAUUCCCGGACCUAUGCCCAACAAACCAAAGAAAAAGAAAAAAAUCUGAUUAUAAAUUGUCUUGCUAUUUGACUUACUUAUGCAAAAAAAAAAUAUACUUUAUUUUUGUAAAACUA